AGAAACCUUGGUUUCACAACUUUCACUUCUUCUUCUCCUCCUCUCUCUCACACUCUUCUGAAUCCCGCUUCCGUAACAAAUCCUGUAACGCACUCCCAUUAUGCUUAAACCCUGAUCCUCAAUCCACUUCGCCAUGGCUGCUGCAUCAAGAGGUCUCAUUUCAAGACUUAGGGUUUUCUCAAUAUCACCACCAUCGAUAACAACAAGAGGAGUGAAUCAGAUUAGAAGAUUGUUCAGUUCAGAAUCAUUGAUUGAUGGUAGUGAUGGUGGAUCAUCACCGUCUUCAACGAUAAUUGAAGCAAGAACAAGAGUGAUGACACCAAAUACAAGAAGAACGGGAGCAAUAGCUGUUAAAUGUGGAAUGACUGCAGUUUGGGAUAAAUGGGGAGCUAGGGUUCCAAUUACUAUACUUUGGUUAGAUGAUAAUAUUGUUUCUCAAGUUAAAACUAUUGAUAAAGAAGGGAUUACAUCUUUACAGGUUGGGUGUGGGCAGAAAAAGGAGAAACAUUUGACAAAACCUGAAGUAGGUCAUUUUAGAGCUCAAGGUGUGCCAAUGAAGAGGAAAUUAAAGGAAUUUCCAGUAACUGAAGAUGGACUUUUGCCUGUUGGUACUCCUAUCAGUGUCCGUCAUUUCGUUCCGGGGCAAUACCUUGAUGUUACAGGAAUAACCCGUGGUAAAGGUUUUCAGGGUGUAAUGAAAAGACACGGAAUGAAAGGAGGGCCUGCAUCUCAUGGUUCAUCAAAGUUCCAUAGAGGUUGUGGUUCUACUGGUCAAAGAGAUGCUCCUGGAAAGGUUUUCAAGGGGAGAAAGAUGCCUGGGCGAAUGGGUGGGGAGCAAGUCACGGUAAAAAAUGUUUGGGUCUACAAAAUUGAUCCAGCAAGGAACUUGAUGUGGGUGAGAGGCCAGGUCCCUGGUGCAGAAGGAAACUUUGUAUUUUUGAAGGAUGCUUGGUACAAGAAACCCAAUAUCUCAUCUCUUCCAUUCCCAACUUACUUUUCCCCACCAGAAGAAGAAACAUCAGAGCUGGAACCUCUGGUUGCUGAUCUUGGAGAACUAGAUCCUUUUAUGGCUGCAGAUUAAGCAGCACAUUUCCUAUACCGUCAAAGCUGGUCUUUCUUUCUUUUUUUAGCUGCUGUACCAGCUCGAUUGCAAUUUAAAUGUAGUCGUCAAAAUGGAUGAACCAGGUGAGAAAAUUCAGUGGUUCUAUUUUCCGCAUAAUACUUGAGAUUACGAGGAGGUUGCAGAGACAAGGAGGUUGCAUAGCCGUACUUGUAAAUUGUUGAGAUUUACCGAGUCCGAGAUCUGAGACUAGCUAGGUUUUCUGCAGGAUUUUUUUUUUCUUCAAUAAGUAUUUGAAUUUUUGAUCAGUUCUUAAAUUGUAUUGCUUCAAAACAAAAAAAAAAGGUUCUUAAAUUGUAUUUUCUUUUGAGUUUUAGAGUUGUGCCAAGUUAACAUGUCUCGAGCAAGUAUUGUUUUAUGUUAUGUUUUCUUUCGAAUGGUAAAAGAAUACCCAUUUUGAAGUA